AUGAAGUCUCCAAUUACUUUGUUUGUUUAUACUUUUGUUGUCUUGUCGUUUGCAUGGGCAGCUUCUGCUCACAACCAUGAAGAUUUUCUCCAUUGUCUUUCUCUUCAUUCCCCAAAUAGCUCUUCAAUUUCAAAGACUAUAUACACUCCCAAUGAUUCUUCAUACUCUUCGGUUUUGAACUUCUCAAUCCACAAUCUUCGAUUUGCAACUCCUCGAACCCCGAAGCCUCAGGUCAUCGUCACACCAUUACAAGUUACCGAAAUCAAAGCAUCCAUCAUUUGUGCCAAAACUACCGGGUUUCAAAUUAGAACACGAAGUGGUGGCCAUGACUACGAGGGUCUUUCUUAUGUAUCCGAUGUCCCAUUCAUCGUCGUCGAUUUAAUAAACUUACGUUCAAUUAACGUCGACGCAAAAAAUAACGUUGCAUGGGUGCAAUCAGGAGCUACAAUUGGCGAACUCUAUUAUAGAAUCGCCGAGAAAAGCAAAACCCUAGGGUUCCCAGCCGGGGUCUGUCCAACUGUUGGCGUCGGUGGACACUUUAGUGGCGGUGGCUAUGGCUUGAUGCUACGAAAAUUCGGCCUUGCCGUUGAUAACGUGAUCGACGCGUACUUCAUCGACGUGAAUGGCAACCUCCACGAUCGAAAAUCAAUGGGGGAAGAUGUUUUUUGGGCUCUUAGAGGAGGUGGAGGAGCAAGCUUUGGAAUUGUUGUUGCAUGGAAAAUAAAGCUCCUCCAAGUUCCACCAAUUGUGACUGUUUUCACAGUUACAAGAAACUUGGAACAAAACGCCACAAACCUAAUCCACCGGUGGCAAUACAUUGCUAGCAAACAAGACGACAGACUUUUCAUUAGAAUCAUAAUAAGAGGUGUAAAUUCAACAAAUCCACAACAUGGAAGUCAAAGAACAUUGGAAGCUGCUUUCAACUCCAUGUUCCUAGGAAAAUCCGAAGAGCUUCUUCCAAUAAUGCAAAACACUUUCCCUGAAUUAGGGUUAACAAAAGAAGAUUGCAUUGAAAUGAGUUGGAUUGAAUCAAUUCUCUAUUUUGCUGGCUUCCCAAGUGGGCAACCAUUAAAUGUUCUUCUUGAUAGAACACCAUUAUUCCCCAAAAGAUUCUUCAAAGCCAAAUCCGAUUAUGUAAACGAGCCAAUCCCAAAAGCUGCCCUUGAGGGCACAUGGGAAUUGUUCAAGGAAGAAGAAGCUGAAGCUGCUGAGAUGAUCUUGAGCCCUUAUGGUGGAAUAAUGGACGAAAUUUCAGAGUCAGAGACUCCAUUUCCACAUAGAGCUGGAAAUCUUUACAAGAUUCAACAUUUGGUGUAUUGGGAAGAAGAAGGUGAGGAUAUUGCUGAAAGGCAUAUUAAUUGGAUUAGAAAGCUAUAUAGCUAUGUGGGUCCUUAUGUUUCGAAGAAUCCAAGAGCUGCGUAUAUCAAUUAUAGAGAUUUGGACAUUGGGAUGAACAAUAAGAAGGGAAAGACGAGCUAUGAGGAAGCAAGUGUAUGGGGAGUUAAAUACUUCAAGGGUAAUUUUAAGAGGUUGGUGAGUAUCAAAACUAAGGUUGAUCCUUCUAAUUUCUUCAUGAAUGAGCAAAGUAUUCCUUCUAUUUUGCCUUCGUGGAAGAAGAGGGGUCAUUAGAUGUUUGGAAAUAUGAUUGUUUGUUGAAGAAAACCCGGUUGAUUUAAUGUAUAUGAGAGAAUAAAGGGGUUUUCUAAUUUGAAUUAUACGUCUAUUUGUA